UAUGGCUGUAUCUGCCUAUACGUGCGCGUGUGGAUGUAUCUCUGCCUAGAUGUGUGUGGGACCGUGCUUAGAGAUACAUCUCUGCCUCAGUGUGCGUGUGUGACUGUGCUUAUAGAUGUAUCUCUGCGUAGAUGUGCGUAGAACCAUUUUUAUAGAUAUGUCUUUGCCUCUGUGUGAACGUGUAACCAUUCUUAUAGAUACGUUUCUGCCUAUAUAUGUGUAGAGCCAUGCUUAGAGAUGCAUCUCUGCCUUUCUGUCCAGGUAUUACCAUGCUUGUGGAUGUAUCUCUGCCUAGAUGUGUGUAGAGCCAUGCCAGGCGAUACAUCUCUGCCUCUGUGUGCAUGUAUUACCAGGCUUAGGGGUGUAUCUCUGCCUAGAUGUGUAUAACCAUGCUUACAGAUAUGUCUCUGCCUCUGUGUGUGUGUGUAACCUCUGCCGCUGUGCACGUAGCCGUGUUUAUAGAUCUGUCUCUGCCCCUAUGUGUGUGCAUAACCAUGCUUAUAGAUCAAUCUGUGCCUCUAUGUGCAUGUAACCAUGCUUAUGCAGAUAUCGCUGCCUCUGUGUGUGUGCACAACCAUGCUUAUAGAUGUGUUUCUGCCUCUAUGUGCAUGUGUAUGCCAAUACAUUUAAACAUGCACAUAUGUGUGUGUACACACGUACAUAUACCUGUGUGUGAGUCCAGCCCAAGCCAUGCAGGGAGCAGGGCUGCAGGUGCCAAUGCCAAGGGAAAAUGGCCUUGUUGGAGCAUGCAUAUGCACCUGUUUGAACGCUGGUCCGAGUGCCUCACAGUCAUCCAGCCUGAAGGACUUGUGAUGAGUUUGAAAUCUGAGCCUUCUUGGAUUACCUGAAGGACUCUGUGUAUGAGAUGUCUGCAGCCUCUUGAGCUUCCCUCUCUCCUACUGUGGCACCUCUGGUUAAAACUGUUGUUCAGUUUUGCUUUACAAAACAAGUUUCUUCAGAAGAGGAAGAAGGGAUUUCAUUUCCAGAGAGCAUUUGUCUAUUCUCUUGUCACGUCAAGAGCCACCCUGUUAGUUGUCCUUGAGUCCUUCAUCAGAGGAUGUCAUCUCAGAGGUGUACGCUCCUCGUGACUGCCACACGCUGCGGAGGGGGAUCUGAAUAGUUCCUGCCCUGCAGAGACCAGUGUCCAUCUUUGGAAGUUGUUUCUUCACAAGUGUGCCAAGAAACAAACGCAAGCUCGAGCUGCUCUUUCAGAGAAGCAAAUGGUUCGUGCCAGCCAUGCUGCCAGCUGAGUGGGUGUCACAGCCCUCGGACUCUGCAGGUUCUUGUUAGCAGUCACACUGGGAACUGCUGGCCUACAACGUUGAUGUUGAGCGUGUUGUGUUUUAAGGUUUUGAGGAAAAUGCAGAGACGGCAUAGCAGCAACACUGACAACGUUCCUCCUGAAAGAAACCGGAGCCAAACAGUCAGUUCUGAAACCAGCGUGGAUGAAAGCGGAGUUUUUGAAAGUCUGAAGGCUGAAGCUUCCUCGCCACAGCAGCUAUUCUCAGGCCUGGCAGGUAUCCCAUCAGGCACCAUCACAGCCGCACCAUUCCAGGCAGGUUUGGUUCUGGGCUCUUCAGCAGGAGGUGGGGAAGUGUUCAUUCAGAUGCCAGCUCCAAGGGAGGAAGGGACCAGUCGUACAGAAGGAGCUCCAUUUCACCACCGGCAGUCGUCCCAUCAUUUCCACCAUGGCCAUCACCGAGGUUCAUCUCUGCUGCACAUGGCAGGAGGAGACCGCCAUGGGCACACUGAGGAAGGCAGCGAUGAACAGGCUGGGACUCCAGCCCCAGCUCUUUCGGAGUUAAAAGCUGUGAUCGGUUGGCUGCAGAAGGGACUUCCCUUCAUAUUGAUCCUCUUGGCUAAACUUUGUUUCCAGCAUAAGCUGGGGAUUGCCGUGUGCAUCGGUAUGGCCAGCACAUUCGCCUAUGCCAACUCAACACUCCGAGAGCAGGUUGCUCUGAAGGAGAAGAGGUCAGUCUUGGUUGUCUUCUGGAUCCUCGCCUUUCUCACUGGAAACACCCUAUACUUGCUUUACACAUUCAGCUCUCAGCAGCUGUACAACAGCCUCAUAUUUCUGAAACCCAACCUGGAGAGGCUGGACUUCUUUGACCUGAUGUGGAUUGUGGGGAUUGCAGACUUCAUACUCAAGUACCUCACCAUUGCUUUGAAAUGCCUAAUUGUGGCCCUGCCCAAGAUCAUCCUGGCUGUCAAGUCAAAGGGCAAGUUUUAUCUGGUUAUUGAGGAGCUGAGCCAGCUAUUCCGUUCCCUUGUCCCCAUCCAGCUGUGGUAUAAGUACAUCAUGGGAGAUGAUCCAUCCAGCAGCUACUUCCUAGGUGGGAUCCUGAUCAUCCUGUACAGCCUCUGCAAGUCUUUUGACAUCUGUGGUCGUCUGGGAAGUGUCCGGAAGGCACUGAAGGUCCUUUGUACCCCACAGAACUAUGGAGUUCGUGCUACCAGCCAGCAGUGCAGCGAGGCAGGUGACAUCUGUGCUAUUUGCCAAGCAGAGUUCAGGGAACCUUUGAUCCUCAUGUGCCAGCAUGUGUUUUGUGAAGAAUGCCUCUGCCUCUGGUUCGACAGGGAGAAAACCUGUCCCCUUUGCCGUUCUGUCACAGUAGAAACCCUGCGUUGCUGGAAAGAUGGCACCACCUCUGCUCACUUCCAGGUGUAUUAAAACCAAUACAUACCAACAAUGGAAUAACAUGUGCUGAGACAAGAAAAAUCUGGAAAGCCUGGUGAUCCCAUGCCCCUCUUUAGUUGCCUGUGGAUUUGUUGCCUUAGUCUUCCUUCCCACUCUGUUUCUCCAGGAGCCAACAGAACAAUUAUUACUAGCCAAAACUUUAUCCUCAAAGGCAACAAAGAUGUGGUUUAUGUUAUGGCAAACUCCAUGGCUGAGCUACAGCCAAGAUUUCUUCUUGAACUUCCAUGUUUAUAAACUGCCUGGGAUGUUUUCCUUUUUUGUGUCCUUUUACUACAGAUAAAUAUUGCCUGUAUGAGGCGAACGUACUGUGAAUUGCGUGUGUGUAACCUGGUAUACUGUAAAAAAAAAAAAGCCGUUUUCCUGUGUCUUAAACCACUGGUGAGAUUUUUCACAUUAAAUGGUCUUAGCUUGCCUGAAUCUGUAACUUCAUAGAAUUACGUUGUUGGUGUUGCAUUACCUUUAUGAUCUCUUCUAAAUCAGGGCUUCAGAACCACAUGCCCAAAGUUUAUUUGGGGUUGGAGAAACAUCAUUUCCCAGCAGCCCUGUUUUUGCAAUUGAUUCCACCAACUGAACAUGCUGCGAUCAAAAUAAGAUCUCAAGGAGCUUGGGAAGCCUAUGCUACUGAAGCUGGAACCGACACUUGCACUUCUUGGGAAUGGUUUUCCUCUUCAGUUUUUGUGAUCAGGCUUUCUGGUUUCCUAAUAUAUGGAGAGAACAGUGAGAGGCAGGGAGAGAUUAAAGUCAAGUUUGAUUUUUAUGGAUGAAAAGUUAUAGUCCUAACCAGGAGCAUCUCACAAUUUCAGGUGUAUCUGCAAUUUAGUCUCUGAAGAGACCUUGGAGCAGCUUCCAGUACUGAAAGGGGCUCCAGGAAAGCUGGGGAGGGGCUAAUGGAUCAGGGAGUGCAGGGAUGGGACAAGGGGAAACGGUUUUCAGCUAGAAGAAGGGAGACUGAGAUGAGAUCUUGGGAAGAAAUGUUUUGCUGUGAGAGUGGGGAGGCCCUGGCUCAGGUUGCCCAGAACAGUGGUGGCUGCCCCAUCCCUGGAGGUGUUGAAGGCCAGGCUGGAUGGGGCUUGAAGCCCCUGAUCCAAUGAGAGGUGUCCCUGCCCAGGGCAGGAGGCUGGAACUGGUUGAUCUUUUAGGACCCUUCCAACCCAAACCAUCCUAAUGAUUCUGUGCCCCUCAGCACAGCCACUUAAGGCAAGGCUUUUACUUGCUUUCACAUCCAGUGCCACUCAGCAUCCAGAACCUACCUGGAUCCAAAACCAGAAAAAAUAUGCUCACACAGCUCUGUUGGUGCCAGAAAUGCUGGGGCAUCAAGAUACCAGGCCUGCUGGAGAGACUGGGCUUGGCAAGACUGGCUUGAGGGCAGAAUUACAGAGAAGUAGCUGCCUUGCUUUAGGAGCUAUCUGGGUUUAUACACAAGCUGGAUAAUCCACCUGUGAUGGUGGAGACUUGAUUGUAAUACCUCGGCUUCAGAACAAGCUCUUGGAGGAGGCACCUUGUGUUGUUAGCAGGCGGAUUAGCAUAUGUUAUAUGGCUGCAAUUUCCAUCUCUGCUCAGGACGCUGCGGUGGCACUUGCAUGCAAAUGGAGUCACUGUUUGUUCACUGGAGCUUUCUCUUUCACUAAACAACCUCUGCUUUUCGCUACAUGCCCAGAGAAAGUGCCUCAUUAGGCAAUUGUGGCAUCUUCCAUGCUCAUUACUAUGGAAAUGGCCGUAAGGUUACAAUCCCACUUGAGUGGAUAAUCAGGAAGAACUGUACCUGAGGGAAAUGAGCCUGUGUGUAUGUACUGACUGUCGUCUUCCCUUCCUGCUGCGAAACUCCACAGGGAGAAGAAUUAAAGCAAACAGGAGCUAGUGGUAACAGGAUUAAGGCUCAACGUUUCGUUGGAAGUAAUAGUUCAGUAUGGCUAGAGGAGAAAUGGUGAGAGGCAGAGCCUGAGCAGGGAAGAUAGUCCGGAUCUGGCUUGAGAGAUACAGGAAAGUAGGGAAGGAAAACCUUUACUUUCCAACACAGAGUGAUUUGAUUCUUGUCAAAUGGAUCCUAUGAAAGUGGAGAAGCAAGCCAAGGAAUCCAGUGGCUAUCUCCAAUGGGAAUAGCCUUUUGGGGGUAGAGGGAGAGAGUUCAGGAAGAAAGGAAGCAAGAUUUUCAGUGGGCAUAAAAUGUUAUUAUGUACGGUCGCCUGGUAUAUUCCCCAGGAAAAAGGAAAACGUCUCAUGCUGUGGGCAGACAAUUUAUGGAAGGUUUCAGCAUCAGUUAUCAGUGCAGAGCCAAUUAAUUAAAGGGUUGGUGGUAUUCGCUUUCGAAAUGUUUGAAAAGCCACUUCUAAUUCUGUUUUUAUUCUUGGAAAAUGUAUUUAGAGAAGUGUGUGGAAAGGUCUGUACGAGCCUUGCACUGCAGGCAGCAUUUGAUGUGCUGUUUCAAAGGUGUGGCUUUCAUUUGGUGAUAAGGAAGAGAGGCAGGCAGGAGGAAAGUAUGGGAAAUACUUUUUGCCAUUCUUAUGGUCCUUUUUCUUUAAAUUUUUUUCUUUAAUGAGUGAUUUUCCCAGUUGGCUGUGUAAGAAAGAGAAGGUUGUCAUCGUUGUACACUUGAAACAUUUUGCUACGCACCAAGGACUCAUAAAGAUCACACAGUUGAACUUCAUACUACACUCAGUGGAACUGUGACAUUACCUUGGGAGGUUUAGGUACCCAUGUUAAAAAACACUGCACCAGCGUCCUAAUUUUCUAAAGAACUUCUAAUGAUUUUUUUUUUCUUUUGCUUCGUCUCGGUGAUCGCUUCUUGAUUUUUGCCUUCCCUCACUAUUCCAAGGCAGCAUUCUGGCCGCGGUACGGACGUCUGGUGCUCUGGUGAUGAGCUUCAGUGGUAUCUGGCACCUGCACACAGGUGUCAUCUGUAACUAAUAAUGGAUAUAACCAAUAAUGGAUGUAACUAAUAAUGGCAGUUCCAGACCCAGAUGCUUUCAGUGAAUUUUGGUCAAGCUUCAAAGUCACUUUCUGUAAGUAUUAAAAAUCCUGGGACAUUCAGGUACUCGAGUAUCCACGCAGAGUGAAUUCUGAGCAGUUACGUGAAAAGUUAAUCUGGUUUUCUAAUAAAUGUUUUCAGAAAAAAAUAGUCACCUGUUUUGUACUUUGUAGUUUUUGCUUUCCCUUGCAGAUGGGGAAUGGAAGUUCGGCAGCUUUGACUGGAACAGUCAGCUUUUUCCCGCAGCUGCGGAGGGCAGAGCUGUGGUUUGGAAGACCCGAGUUGGGGAGUGCGUUCGGGGCGUGUGCUGAUGGAGAUCCGUGCCAGGCAGAUGGCACGUGAUGCAAGCC